AUGGCAGAGGUAUUAUCAGAUCAUGUCGAGGAGAUCUCAAAUGAACCUCAAACGACCUUGCCGGAUAAGUCCGAAAAGGGUGACAUUUGUAAAGAUGUCCUCCUGGACGCCGAAUACUCGCACAUAAAUCACCCCGAGCCAUGGCGAUUUGAGCACUGGAUUCCUGGUGGAUAUAGCCAGUCCAGGAUGGUAAGAUUCAAGAAUCCAUCGGCGAUGUACAAGGCCAUCAACUUCUUUGCCGGUAUUGCGAUUUGCUUCUACGGGUAUGAUCAAGGUGUUAUGUCCAUGGUCAAUCUGAAUCAUGAUUAUCAGAAGCUUAUGGGAAUCUAUCCCCUUGAAGGAAGUUCUAGAAACACAGCAGCGGAGGGUGGUAUAGUUGCUGUAUACUAUGGCGGCACGAUGAUCGGUGCGCUCAUGGCUGGUGCAUUGGCAGACCGAUGUGGACGUGUGAAGGCCAUUGUCUUUGGUUGUUUGUGGGUUGUUUUGGGCGCUGCGCUUCAAACUUCGGCUUAUAAUAUUACGUGGAUGUGCUUUGGCCGUGUUCUUGCUGGCAUUGGUGUUGGGGCCAUUGAUUGUGUAAUUCCGGUCUGGUCAGCAGAAGUCAGUAGUCACUCGGCUCGAGGAGCAUUUUUGGCCCUUGAAUUUGUGAUGAAUAUUGGAGGCCUGGCGAUGGCCUACUGGAUCGAAUACUUCGCAUCGUUGAAUCCCAACCAGUCCAUGGCUUGGCGUACACCCCUCGCCCUUCAAUUAGUCUUCAUCUUCUUCAUCGGAAUUGGAAUUAACUUCUUCCCCGAGUCCCCUCGCUGGUUGAUGAAGAUGGGUCGAUAUGAAGAAGCACGGGAUAUCCUGCAAGCCACACGACCCGGGGACAUCGAACCCGAGGCACGGCAGAUCAUCGAGACAGUGCAGUACGAGCUGAAAGUAUCAUCAGCAAACCAAUAUCUUGCAAUGAUUUUCCCAAAAGACGAAUAUACACGCAAGCUGCGAUGGCGAGUAUUCCUCGCCGUGUGGUUGCAGAUCAUGCAAGAGCUUGUCGGCAUCGGUGUGGUCACUGUUUACGCCGUCGACUUAUUUUCCACAGCGGGUUUCAACGAGAACUUGUCCAAGCUCCUAGCUGGCUUUAACAAUAUCAGCUAUAUGUUUUCUGUCUUCUUCGCAGUUAUCACUUUAGAUCGGUAUGGUCGCAGACAAACAAUGCUCUGGGGCGCUGUCGUCAUGUGUCUUGCCCUUCUUGUGGCUGGUAUCCUGGAUAUGUAUGCGCAAGAGGCCGGACCAAACCAGAGGAAAUAUGGAGCCGGCGUCGCGGCCAUGACCUUUUUCUAUACGGCUACAUUUGGUGCUACUUGGCUGACAACACCUUGGCUCUAUCCAACAGAGAUCUUCCCAUUGACUGUCCGUGCCAAGGGAGGUGCGUGGUCCGUUGUAGGAUGGUCGAUCGGAAAUGGCGUCGUGACAAUGAUCACUCCUUUCCUCUUCCAGGCCAUUGGAUAUGGUACGCUUCUACUCCUUGCCGGACUGAAUGUAUUUGUCAUUCCGUUCCUUAUCCUACUUUAUCCCGAGACAGCUGGUCGGAGUCUAGAGCAAAUGGAUGUUUUCUUCGACAAUGCCGAUUCUUGGAAUGUGUAUACUGCCAGCAAGAGAAUUCGGGAAAAAGGGUUUGACGAUUGGCAGUGGACCAAGAAGGUUUCCACGAGGGACACUCCUGUUGAUUAA